AUGAUUGAAAGUGAAACACCUGCAGCAGAAAAAAGUGGAUCUGGAAGACCAGGACUGGGCUCUCGCAAUCCGUCUAGAGUAACAUUUCGUGAUGGGAAUGGUCAACAACAAGUACGUUCAUCAACUCAUCAAACUGAAGGUGAUCAUCGCAGUCCAAGCACAUUAUCAUCUCCUAAUCCUCAUAAUCGACAACAGCAGCAAUAUAAUGAGUUAAAGAAAAAAGAAAACAUAAAUCCAUUCAAGUUUUCACCGGAUGUGGAUUUUUGUGCAUUGAGUCAGCUUGAUAAACGGGAAAAAACAGAAGAACGUGAACGUAUGCAAAAUCUUAAAGUACAUGAUAAAUUAUCAAAAGCUCAACGUCUUAUGAAAGGAAGACGUUUUCGUAUUUUAAAAGAUAUUGAUAAUGAAAUUGAAGAAGAAAGAAUUCUGAAUAAAGAAACUCGUGUUCCAUCUACUCGUGAUAAUGCCCCAUGGCUUGCUGCUAUUACACGUAAUCGUCGUGUAGAAAAUGAAAGUUUACAAGAUUUUAUUGAAAAAAAACGUAGCAUGUUCGUCUUACAAUAUGAAUUAACUGUUAAACGUACUGAAAUGCGUAAACUCGAAGAAAUUACUGCUGCCGAAGAGCAACGUAUUGAAAAAGCAGAAAAAGAUUUAGAAGAUGAUGCUCAUAUGUUUGAUCAAUUUUUAGCAGCAAAUAAUAAAAAUGCGAAUGAAGCAGCCCGUGUAGCUGAUGAAGAAGCUCGAAAAAAAUUAGAAAAAGUUGCUGAAAUCAAACGUUUACAUGGACAGAUAACAGGAUUAAAAAGUGAACUACUUCGACGUGAAGAUGAAUUAACUGAAUUAAAACAAUACAAACAAUUUCUUGAUCAAAUAACACCCAUAGAAUGGAAAGAAGAACGUCGUAAAAAACUUCAAGAACAACGUAUGGAAAAACAAAAACUUGAAGUACCAUCUAGUAUAUCUGAUGAUCAAGCAAGUAAAUCAGGUAGUCGACCACAAAGUCGUGUUACAGAUACAAAAAGUAUAAAACGUGGUAUGGGUAGUACAACACUAAAAGGUCCUGUUAAUCGUCGUACAUCAAAUUCUACAACUACUCAUGAUAGUGAUUCGACUGUUAACAAAGGAAGUGACAUAGACAUAAAUGAUUUAGAUAAUGAUUUUGAAUUAUAUUUUACUGAUCCUCAACAAUUAUUAGAAAUAUUUACUAAGCUUGAAGAACAAAAUUUAUCAUUAAUACAAAAUAGUCAAGAUCAUGAAGAACAAUUAGAAGAAUUAACUCGAGACAUACAAGUCACUAUGGAAAAGAAAAAUGCUGAAACUGCAUCUUUACAACAACAAGUUACUAAUUUAGAGCAAGCAAUUGCUUCUGAAGAACAUAAACAAAAAGAAUUAAUGGCUAAAGUUGGAGCUCAUUCAUUAGUUAAUAAUGAAAGUAAACAAGAAGAAUAUUUAACUCAAUUAUCAGGAGUUAUAGGUGAUGUUUAUAAGAAAAUCUUUAAUGAAAAUCCAGUAACAAGUGAUCCAAUAAAAAAUCUUGCAUCAAUUGAAAAUCGUCUUGAAGAAUUAUUUCAAGAUAUUGAUCUUCUUAAUCCAGAUCGUUUACAAGAAGCUGAAAAAGCUAAAGAAAAAGAACGUCGUAUACGUUUACGUGAACAAAAGAAACUUGAAGAAGAACGAAUUAAUGAAGAAAAGAAACGUAAAGCAGCAUUACGAGCUAAAGAACCACCAAAGAAACAACUUGGUCGUCCAAUAGCCGAACGAUCAAGACCACCAGAUAUGAAAAAAUCCGAUCAAGAUACAAUCAACAAAACAAACGAAGAAGAAGAAGAACUUGCUUAUUAUUUUACUUGA